AUGUCUCUUCGCUUCGAUAACCAGGUCGUCGUCGUGACCGGCGCUGGCGGCGGCCUAGGAAAGGCAUAUGCCCUGUACUUUGCUUCCAAGGGCGCUGGUGUCGUUGUCAAUGACCUCGGUGUGUCACAUUCUGGAGAGGGCCAGUCAUCAAAGGCUGCCGAUGUCGUUGUCGAGGAGAUCAAGGCAGCUGGUGGAAAGGCCGUUGCCAACUAUGAUAGUGUUGAGUUCGGCGACAAGAUCAUAGAUACCGCUAUCAAGACCUUUGGCCGCAUCGAUAUCCUGAUCAACAACGCUGGAAUUCUUCGAGAUGUCAGCUUUAAGAAUAUGAAGGAUCAGGAUUGGGAUUUGAUUGACAAAAUUCAUCUCUUUGGAGCAUAUAAGUGUGCUAGAGCUGCCUGGCCUCACUUCAGGAAACAAAAGUUUGGCCGAGUUAUUAACACUACCUCGGCAGCCGGUCUGUUCGGCAGUUUCGGUCAGACCAAUUAUUCUGCUGCUAAGCUUGCCCUGGUUGGUCUUACCGAAACUCUUGCAAAGGAGGGUCUCAAAUAUAACAUCCACUCCAAUGCAAUUGCACCAAUUGCCGCUAGCCGCAUGACGGAAACUGUGAUGCCCCCAGAGCUUUUGGCCAACCUAAAGCCUGAGUUUGUGGUUCCCAUCGUUGCAUACCUUGUCCAUUCCUCUACCACCGAGACUGGUAGCAUAUUCGAGGCUGGUGCUGGUCACGUUGCUAAGAUCCGAUGGGAGCGUUCCAAGGGUGCUCUUAUGAGGGCUGAUGACAGCUUUACCCCUGGUGCCCUUUUGAAAAGAUGGGAGGAUGUCAAUGACUUCUCCAAGCCAACUCACCCAACCGGCCCUGCUGAUUACGUUGAGUUGAUCCAAGAGUCCAUGAAGCUACCAGCUAACCCUCCUGCUGAGCAGCCAGACUUCACUGGAAAGGUCGCUUUGGUUACUGGAGCUGGAGCUGGACUUGGGCGAUCGUAUGCACUUAUGUUUGCUAAGUAUGGUGCCUCUGUUGUUGUCAACGACCUUAUGGACCCUGAGCCAGUAGUCCAGGAAAUCAAAAAGGCUGGUGGCAAGGCUGUCGGGUCCAAGGCCUCCUGUGAGGAUGGUCCAGCCAUUAUUAAGACUGCUAUUGACAACUUCGGCCGCAUUGAUAUUGUUAUCAACAACGCUGGUAACUUGCGUGAUAAAGCCUUCACCAACAUGGAUGACAAACUUUGGACUUCAGUUGUGAAUGUCCACCUCAGAGGUACCUACAGUGUCACCAAGGCUGCCUGGCCCUACUUCUUGAAACAGAAGUUUGGCCGUAUUGUCAACACCACCUCUACCAGCGGUAUCUACGGAAACUUUGGCCAAGCCAACUACGCAUCAGCUAAACUCGGAAUUCUUGGUCUCUCUCGUACCCUCGCUCUGGAGGGUGCUAAGUACAACAUCCGUGUCAAUACCAUUGCCCCCAACGCCGGUACUGACAUGACCAGAACCAUCAUGCCUGAGGAGCUUGUCCAGGCCUUAAGCCCCAACCAGGUUGCUCCUCUAGUUGUCCUUCUUUGCUCUGAGCUCCUUCCUGAGCCUACCACUAAGGGCCUCUAUGAGUGUGGCAGUGGAUGGACUGGUAAGACCAGAUGGCAACGAUCUGGAGGUCACGGUUUCCCUGUCGAUGCUGAGCUUACCAUUGAGGAUGUUGCCAAAACCUGGUCUAAGAUCAUCGACUUUGACGAUGGCCGUGCUGACCAUCCUGACGACACUCUUGCCGGUGCUGAGAGUAUCAUGGCCAACAUCAACAACAAGGUCGGUGAAUCUAAGAAGGAAGAGGCCCCUAAGGGUGGCGACCAGACCAUCUUGGACAACAUCUCCAAGGCUAAAGAGAUGAAGGCAGAGGGAACUGCCUUUGACUACGCUGAUAAGGAUAUUAUUCUUUACAGUCUGAGCGUUGGAGCCAAGAGGACUCAGCUGCCGCUCGUGUAUGAGAACCAUGACGAGUUCCAGGCUCUGCCUACCUAUGGUGUUAUUCCAUGGUUCAACACUGCUGUCCCCUGGAACUUGGGUGACGUUGUUGCCAACUUUUCGCCCAUGAUGCUCCUUCACGGUGAACAGUACCUAGAGAUCAGGAAGUACCCAAUCCCAACAGAGGCUAAGACCAUCACAUACCCCAAGCUCAUCGAUGUUAUCGACAAAGGUAACGCUGCUAUUGUUGUCAUGGGUUACACCACCAAGAAUGCAAAGACUGGUGAAGAUCUCUUCUACAACGAGUCCACCAUGUUUAUCCGUGGAAGCGGUGGAUUUGGCGGCUCAAACAAGUCUACAGCUUCCCGCCCCGCUGCUGCCACUGCUGCCUACAAACCACCACAGCGCAAGGCCGAUGCCGUUGUCGAGGAGAAGACCGGCGAAGACCAGGCUGCUCUGUACCGUCUCAACGGUGACCGCAACCCUCUCCACCUUGACCCCGACUUCAGCAAGAUGGGUGGUUUCAAGACUCCUAUCCUCCACGGCCUUUGUUCCCUCGGCAUCUCUGGCAAGCACAUCUACGAGAAGUACGGCGCAUUCAAAAACCUCAAGGUCCGCUUCGCUGGCGUCGUCCUGCCAGGCCAAACCCUCAGAACAGAGAUGUGGAAAGAGGGCAACGUCGUUGUCUUCCAGACUACUGUUGUUGAGACUGGCAAGCCUGCUAUCGCCGGCGCUGGUGUUGAGCUCGUCUCCAACCCAAAGGGCAAGUUGUAA